AUGUCCUUACCAACCAGCGGCACCCUCCUCCCCAACGGCACCUACACCGGCGGCCACGUCUCGCACAUCGGACAACUCUACUUCGACGCCUCGCUCCGCGCUGUCGUCGAGGCUGCGGAGCCAUGUAACACGAAUUUACUCCCACCGACGACGAAUAAGGAGGAUGUGUGGAUUGGACCCAGCAAGACGGAGCAGGAUGGGAUUUUGGCAUGGACGUCGAUGACGGUUGAUGCGGGGGCGAAUUGGGAUGCGGUUGCUGGGCCGGCGGCGUAUUGGGGGGAGGAUGGGGGACAUGAUAAUUCGGAUGGGGGGUGGGCGGGGAUGUUUCCGACGCGGCCGGCGAAGAAGUAA